GGGGGGCGGGAGGCGGGAGGCGGCCGGCGGGGCGGUGCUGCCGGCGCGGCGGGACGGCCCCGGCGACAGCAGGAGCCCUCCCUCGCCCGGUCGCGGCCGGCUCCCGGCUGCCCGGCACCGCCCGGCCGUGCCGGGAGCGCCGCCGAGCAGGAAGGGCCCGAGGGAUGGGGCUCGGCACGGUGAAGCUUUGGAGACCCUCAGCAGGGGAGCAGCCUGCCCAAGGAAGACGGCAAGGGGUCGCGGUCUGACCUGCACAGUCGGUGGGGCGAUGAAGCUGAACGAGCGGAGUGUGGCCCACUACGCCACCUGCGACUCGCCUGCCGACCAUGCCGGCUUCCUCCGCAAGCGUGUGGAGCGGCACCACCACCAUGCCCACCACCACCACGCCACCUCCUACCAGCGCCGCUGGUUUGUCCUCAAGGGCAACCUCCUCUUCUACUUUGAGGAGCGGGAGAGUCGGGAGCCUGUGGGGCUGGUGGUGCUGGAGGGCUGCACCGUGGAGCUGUGCGAGGCUGCCGAGGAGUUCGCCUUUGCCAUCCGCUUCGACGACGCUGGUGCCCGGGCUUAUGUGCUGGUGGCCGACGGGCAGGCAGCCAUGGAGGCCUGGGUGAAGGCGCUUUCACGGGCCAGCUUCGACUACAUGCGGCUGGUGGUGAGGGAGCUGGAGAAGCAGCUGGAGGAAGCCUGCAAGAGCUUGGCCGCUUGCUGCAAGUCUCCGCGGAGGUCCUCCUCCGGCAGGAAGAGGCACCUCUCCAACCCGGCCUUGCUGCCCCUCCAGGAGAAGCCUGCCAUCCUGGAGAAUGGUUACUCCACAUGGGGCAGUGGUGUCCCUGGGGGAGCUGCCUGCCCUGACCGUGACGGGGGGCACGCGAAGCCCCCGCCCCUGCCUCCACGUCGGCGCUCGGCCGCCAGCAGCACCGCAGGGUCCCCAGUGCCCGGCCUCUCGCCGGCCAUGCCAGAGAGCCCAGUGUCACCGGAGACGGCCUGCUUCUCCAAGCUGCACAGCUGGUACGGGCAGGAGAUCAUGGCGCUGAGACGGGAGUGGCAGGAGAGGCAGAAGAUGGGGCACCCGUGACCGGGAGCGCGAGCCACCAGCCAGCCGGUGCUCAGCAGCAUGUCUCCCACACUGGAAGAGCGAAGCAAGGGAUGCUGCUUCCACCCCUGCCCUGGUCGGUGGCCAAGUGUGCGAUGUGUGUGUGUGUGUGCUUCACGGGGCACGCGGGAGGGACCCGGAUCUUCCCCAAACCUCAUGUUUUAUUUCCAUGAAGCUUUAUACCGCUGGAGAGUGCGUAGCACCAGGGGAGCCGCCUUUGAACUCUUCUCUGCUGGUGAUAUGAGGUGUGGAGGGGGCCCAAAUGGGCAUGUAUGCAACGAACCUCACCCAGCGGGCUUGGCCCCUUGCCGUCCUGGCACGGUGGAUGUCUUAGGUGCUUCAUCGCCCGCUUCUCCUUCACUACUUUUUUUUGGUUUUGUUUCUCAGCGUGGAAGUUUGCACAAGUCAGCAUUUAUUAGUGUCUGUGGUCUUGCGCCAAAGUCCUUCUGCCUUUGCUCUUUCGCUGCAGAUAAGGCUGGGCUCUUAAGAAAUGCCUCUGACAGGCCACUGGCCCUGGGGGGUGCCUCCAGCCCGGUGCCUCUCUCACUACAGGACACAUGAGCCACUAUGGCUGUGGCUGGCCCAACAGCCAGGGCAAUGAGGACCAGGCUCUUGUGUCAUCUUUUUUUUUUUUUUUUUUUUUUUCUUCUUUCAUCUGCACUAACCCUCCUCCCUGCUAAAUCCCACAGAAUGUGGAUUUCACAGGCUUGCAUCUGUCUCUGGGUGCCCAAGCUCAGCAGCAAGGUUGAAAUGGAGACACCGAGCCUGGUCUGAAGCAACAGCCAGGACCAGGAGCUCCCCAGGGCUGAUCUGGACUCUGUCGAGCAGUAGCCAAGCCUGUUAAUACUGUUAAUAUCUCCAGGUCAAGCCUUCCCUGUUCCAAAACAGGGACACUAAAGCCUCUUUGCCUUGCCAGGGGUGAAUUUAUCAGCCUCUGCGCAGACUGUAGCUCCUGCAAAGUGCCGUACAAGGCUCCGCCGGCUCGUUGGGCAGCUUGCCCGAGAUGGCAUCCAGAGCUGCGCUCUUGCAGAGCCUCUCUCUGUGUCCUGGCUCUGCCCACCUCCUGGCAGAGCCGCGCAGUCGGAGGAGAGGCUGUGGAAGAGCAGGGAGGAGGAGAGGGCUGGUCCCAGGAGGAGAAGCGAAGGUGUGGGAGUGAGUUACAGGUAGCACUGACUGCGUGUCAGCAGUGUCUGGGCUUGCCCCUCUAGCGUCAAAGCCGUAUCGCUGCCUUCCACCAAAGCAAGCGCCUGACCUGCCGGCACUUCCCUGCAAUUUCAUGUCGGCUGGUCUCCGUAGCACAUCCCAUCCUCCCGGCGGGUGAGGAGGGCUGCUGGGAGGCAUGCCUGUUGCCUUGCUGCAGAAACGGACUUGUCCUUCACCAGUAGGUCAGAAACCUUGGCCGCAAGGCAGACGGUACAAGUUGGUGGGUGCUGAUUCCAGGGGCUGGAGCACCCUGGAGAUGGUGCUUAUCUUCUUAUCCCCUUAUCUUCUUGGCAAGGGCUGUUUUUCAAAGCAGAAAAAAUAAGUGAAGCAGUCUUGUGUUCCCUAUCUAACAGCAUUAAACCUGGUUUUAUUGCCCCGUUUCAUUAAGGAGGAAAGCAAGAGGCUGUUCCAAGUCAUGACUGGUAGGAACCUAUUUGCUUUUCUGGAGUUAAAUGCACUCUGCUUAAUACUUUGCAAUAGGCAGUAGAGAUUGCCAAUGCAGAAAUCGAAUGACUUCCAUUAAAUUUUGGUGCCUUGGAAAAUAUAUCUCUGGUAGUUUGGGAUGACGAGCUUCCAGCCUCCUGCCUAAUUAUGGCUCAAUGGCAUAUUAGAGGAAAUCAGAUCUUAAAUCAGAUCUUACAAAUAGGACUUUGGGAGUAUAACCUUUACAUAUGAGUGAUGCAAUCCAGUCCUCUCCAGUUUACGUCUGUAUUUCUUCACAGUAGGGAGGAUUCUUCAGGUUUGGGAGGAUUAUUUUUGUUCUGCUUUUAUAAGUGACAACAGUUCAGAAAAACCAGGAGCAGGUGGCCACAAACCAGUGCCCAGGCUCCAUCAGCAGCCCAGCUGGCAGGACUUAGGGGCCAGUGCUGCCUCCCUACCUGCUGCUUAAAUUGCUCAGUGCUGCAGCAUUCCCAGCUGGGAACCUGUCCCCUUCCCCAUGGCAGGGCAGCAGCAUCAGGGGAUGCCACUACCUGGUGCCUCCUUGCUCUGAGCGUGGGUAUUUUGGGGUCAGGGUCAGAUUUGGCAAGCAUUUUUCUCUGGUGUUUGGGGUUUUUUUUCAGUGUAAUACAGAGAGAAGAAUAUUCCUGAUGUCUCAGACUUACAUAAGGCAGUUUGACGGUAAAGAUUUAACUUCCAAAAUAAAUCAAGACGCAAUGGCAGUUCUUACAUGAGACCCCAAGGAUCGUGAAUGACUUGAAAGGGAAAAUAAAUUAACAAAGCCAGUUCUGUCAGAACUGGAACUGAAACAGUAUUAUUCAUUUAAGGGCACUUUUACUUUUAAGAAGCUUAGUUAGUUUUAAUAAGCCAGGAUUGUGCUAGUAACACUACUAAAGAGCUUAUAUUUAAUGCUUUAAUCUGUCCCAUUCAAAUGGCACAAUUUCCACACUACCUGCCUUUGCGUUAGUACGUAUCCCAGCUAAAUCCUGCAAAUGAGGAGCUGCGCUCUGCUUUCUCUCUGAUCGUAUUUGAAGUAAUUGUGUAUUUUAUUCUGCAGUGCCGAGAAGAAAAUGGCUGAAUCCUCAACAUUUUGUAUUUGUGCUCGGCACAGCUGUCCAUGCCUGGGCCUUAGCUAGGUCUCCAAAGCGCUAUGUGACUUUGGAUGCACUUGGUCAGGGCUUCCUCACCGUCCCGCUCACGUAACAGGGAUGGCCCUUUAGCGAGUAAAAAGAGCAGUCAUUGGAGCCAUGGCUAAAUUUGUACAGACAUACAUUUUUUUUAAUGACCACGGCCACUCGCUUCAUUAGGCAGGAAGCACGUGGGUGAUCCACCAGCUCCUCUGAGAUGGAGGCUAUCAAACCAGCUUGGCUGAGGAUCAGUUGUGCUGGCAGCAUCUUUGAAGCAGCCCCCAGGCAGAAGGUCAGGAUUUCAGCUUCCUGAGAUUGCACGUGUGUCUGGCUAAUGGAGCGUCCUCUCUGUCUGCAGGCAGAGAUCAUUAUGGCAACAGCAGAGAGUUUUCAUUGUCCCCAACAGCAAAAUGAGACUGAUUGCCACACGCUGUUUCUUCUCUAGUCAUUCAGGUUUGGACUGUUUCACCUUCCGCCUUCGCUUUCCCUUAUUAUUUUUUAAAAAUAGAAAAUGUCUGGGCAGCACAAAACAGGUUCCCUAGCAAAGGGGAGGCUGAACUCUAAAGCUGAAUGGCUACUUUUCUUCAAGCACUCAAGUCAAGCCUUUUCUAAGAGUUUUCUUUAGCCUAAUAAUGCAAAAGCGAUGAGAGAAAAAUGCUUGAAUCUGAAUGCUUAAGUUAAAAGAAAUUGAAGACUGAAAGAGGGAGGGAGAUUCUGACAUGACCUUUGUAAGCUGUGCCAAGAAGGGCUCCCAAUCUUGUUGAAAUAGUUGACAAAAAUCUUUCUGUUUUUCUGAGGCUGGGAUUUCAGAUUCAGGCCCAUACUGUAUUGUAUUAUUUCUGCACAUUUAUCUUGUUAUAAAGCAAGCGUGGUGAUGUUUUCCACUGAAUCCAGGUCCUAGCGAUAAGAGUAACCUAAAGAUUUUACCCAUGGCCACCGCUAGCCAUUUGGUGGACAUUCACAACCAAGAUUGAACAUUUUCCAUUACGAGAGCUACCGCAUUAACUGUUUGGGGGUGGGCGACCCCCCCCCCCCAUCUUACCCCUCUCAACUGCCUUUGCAGAGAAACUUAAAUAACCCCCACCGAAACGCACGGGGAACGCGUGGAGUCCCCGUGUCGGUGGCAUCCUUCACCGGCACCGAGCGUGCUUUCUGAUCUGCACAAUCCCCAGGCAACACUCCGAGCGACCUGCAGGAGCACUCCUGCCUUUCGAAGCGCUUCUAUUUUCUGUAGACGACAUAGUAUUUUUUUUUUUUUGAGGCGGUUUUGCAUGCGCCUUUGUUUUACAUGCAGAACUUGUAUUACGCAUUUCAAGACAUUGUGUUAACGUUUGUAUUUUAUGCCGUGAAGCUGAAUAAACCGUGGUGAUUUGUA